AUGGUGCUCGACAUUAAUCUGUUCAGGAAGGAAAAGGGAGGCAACCCCGAGCUGAUCAAGGAAUCGCAGAGGAGGAGGUUCAAGCCGGUAGAGAUCGUCGAUGAAAUCAUCGCGCUCGAUGAGGAAUGGAGGAAGCUGCAGUUCCAAGUGGACGAGGUGAAGAAGGCACAGAGGAACCUGUCGAAGGAGAUCGGCGCCCUCUACAAGGCCAAGAAGACCGAGGAGGCCGACGCGAUGAAGCCCAAGAUGGCCGACCUCAAGAAGGCGGAGGAGGACACCGAGAACGCCUGCAAGGUCAUCAAGGAGCAGCUCGACAAGAAGCUCAACCUCAUCGGCAAUCUCGUCCACGAGAGCGUGCCCGUGAGCAAGGAUGAGACCCACAACGCCGUCGUGACGGAAUGGGGCGAGUUCAAGUUCAACGAGGCGGCCAGGCGCCACCAUCACGAGCUGCUGUGGAUGAUCGACGGCUAUGAGCCCGACAGGGGCGUGAAGGUGGCCGGCCACCGCGCCUACUUCCUCAAGGGCGUCGGCGUGCGACUCAAUCAGGCCCUCAUCGCCUACGGCACCGACUUCCUGAUGAAGAAGGGCUACACUGCGCUCGCGACCCCUUUCUUCAUGAACAAGGAGGUCAUGGCCCGCACUGCCCAGCUCGAGGAAUUCGACGAGGCCCUCUACACCGUCAUCGGCGAGAAGGGCGAUGAGAAGUACCUCAUCGCCACCUCCGAGCAGCCCAUCUCGGCCUUCCACGCCGAGGAGUGGCUCGAGCCCAAGGAUCUGCCCAUCCGGUAUGCCGGCACGUCGUCGUGCUUCAGGAAGGAGGCUGGCGCUCACGGCAAGGACACCUGGGGCAUCUUCCGCGUCCAUCAAUUCGAGAAGAUCGAGCAAUUCUGCCUCACCGAGCCGGAGAAGUCGUGGGAGGAGCACGAGAACAUGGUAAAGACCGCCGAGGCCUUCUACCAGUCGCUCGAGCUUCCCUAUCACGUCGUGGCCAUCGUUUCGGGCGAGCUUAACAACGCUGCCGCUAAGAAGCUUGAUCUCGAGGCCUGGUUCCCCGCCUUCGGCGAGUUCCGCGAGCUUGUCUCGGCGUCCAACUGUACCGACUACCAGUCGAGGAGCCUGGAGGUCAGGUGUGGCAGCCGGAAGCAGGGAGGUGAGAAGAAGUACGUGCACAUGCUGAACGCCACGCUGUGCGCCACCACCCGUACGAUUUGCUGCAUCCUGGAGAACUAUCAGACUCCCGAGGGCGUGGCGGUGCCCAAGGUGCUGCAGCCCUACCUCGGCGGCCUCGAGUUCAUUCCCUUCGUCAAGGAGGCUCCCAAGAAGCACGAGGAGGCUGUCAAGGGCAAGGAGAAGGCCGAGAAGAAGGCCGCGGGCCAGUAG